AUGUCUAUGUCAGACGAAUUGAAACUUCCGAAGCUGUCGUCUGACAAUUACCAUUCUCGGUCGAUCCGGGUAAGAGCCGCCCUUGUACAGAAGGGAUGCUGGGAAGCGAUCGACCUUGGCUACUCAAGCAGGGAAAUGAGUGCCCAAGAGAAGAAGACCGACAACAAGGCACUGACAUUUCUGUUCCUCGUAGUCGAGGAUAACUACCUUGAUGACAUCGGGGCAAGUGCAAGAGCGAAGGAAGCGUGGGAUACGUUGCACGAAAUGCACUCGAAGUUUGGACUUCUCCACGUACUACAGUUGAUGAGAGACUCCUUCAACGUUAAAUUGAAGAGGAAAGAGCUCAUGAAUGACUACCUAGGAAGACUUAUGGAUCUGCACAGGAAGCUGUCGAAUGCAGGUUACGCCUUCACGGACCGAGAGGUUGCAUUGGUCAUGCUCAUGGGACUUCGUGGUACGUAUGAGCCACUUAUUCUCAACUUAGAGCAAGAGGAAGACACCGUGACUGAUAAAGGAGUGAAGACGAGGCUACUUAUUGAAGAAAAACAAGAAUUGCGUAGCGAUGAAGAGCUCGCCGGUGAAUAUGAGAGUCAGAGAGCUUUGAUGACUAAAAACUACGCUAAGAAGGACGACAGAAAAGCUCACCAAGGGAGCCCGCGACGGCACCAAGGCACGUGGAAGAGGAAAGUUGACAACCUUGACCAAACCAAGAAAGGAAUCGUGUCACAAGCGAACAUCGCGAUGCAUAAUGAUCUAUGUGUCCAGAAUACCGUUUCCGCACAGCCUCACGUGUGGCAUCUUGACCCGGGUGCUACAGAUCAUAUGACAUCGUACAAGGCGAAGCUGACUGACUUUAAGCCCUGCGAGUCUACAGUAGAGAAAUCCAACACAGAGUUCAUGAAAUUUAUUGGGAAGGGACGCGUUCAGAUGCAAUCGUCUGAAAAGUGA